AUCAAUUCUACUGCCCCACCUUUAAAUACAGCCCCGCGCCAACGAAACCAAUCUAAAGCACUGCCCCAAAAAGGCCCAACCACAUAACCAAAACAACACAGCAAUGAACGCAGCAAUGCAGCAACUCCCCAUUGGCUAUCGCUUCUUCCCGACUGAAGAAGAGCUCGUCUCCUUCUACCUCCACUACAAGCUCCAAGGCACCGAACCUGCCGACGUCCACCGUGUUAUCCCCCACGUCAACAUUUACGACUUCGAGCCUUGGCACCUUCCCCAGCUUUCGGGGGAGUUGUGUCACGGGGACACGGAGCAAUGGUUCUUCUUUGCACCAAGACAGGAGAGGGAGGCCCGCGGCGGGAGGCCCAACCGGACCACCCCUUCCGGCUACUGGAAGGCCACCGGCUCCCCCAGCUACGUCUACUCCUCCGAUAACCGGGUGAUCGGCGUCAAGAAAACCAUGGUUUUCUACAGAGGGAAAGCCCCGACCGGCCGGAAAACCAAGUGGAAGAUGAACGAGUACAGAGCCAUUAACCAUGAUUCUUUACCCACUUCAUCAAACGCUCCUGCACCCAUUCCGAAGUUAAGGUAUGAGUAUAGUCUGUGCCGGGUGUACGUAGUGUCGGGAACAUUUCGAGCAUUUGAUCGGCGGCCGUCCGACGCGGGGGCAAGGGGAGAGAGCAUGUUGCUGAACCAACAGGUUCUUCAAGGUUCGACAUCGGCUUCUGUGAGCGCUCUAGCAGCGGCGGCGCCGGAGAAAACAAACUCACCGGAAAGUUCUUGCUCAGGGGCAAACUUUAACCAUGCCCCUCUCCCGGGAGCAAUUGCAGCAAGUAGCAACUGGGAAAUGGGGAAUGCUGCAGAACAAAUAUGGGAAUAUUGGGAAUCGAUGGAACUGGAUUGGUUGUAAGUGAAGCCAAUCACAUUAAAAUUCUGUGAAAAUAAUUGUAACAUAAAAUUGUCUUAACUUUGUUCGAGUUUUAUAAAGUUUUUUUAUAAUGUUUAAUUCAAAAUGUUCUGUACAAUUUCGAUAACUAUCCGAAAUAUGAUGUAGAAAUAAUACAAUGUAAGAUUAUUUUCUGCAA